AUGUCACUCUUCUCACCACCACCACCACCACCACCACCAUUGUUGGUCACACCAUAUGGGUCAAGAGGAGGCAGUGAUUCGUCCGUUUCAAUCGAUCCUUACGUACCAUUGAUCGUGACUUUGAUCAUCAUUGCAGCCCUCAUGGUUGCCUCUUUGGCUUUUGCAAAUUUAUGUGUUAAGCGUUGGGCAUUCUUCAACAGUUCAUAUGGUACACAGUCAUUCGUGAAGCAAGAAUGUGGCAUGUGCACUCGUGAGGGCACCAUUGAUGUUGCUUAUCCUGUGAAGAAGGGUAAUGUGGAGAAUGCAACUUUAGAGGAGUUGGUGGAGUCAGAUCCACCACAAAACGAAGAGGAUGACGAGGAUGGUUCUUCCGAAGAAGGUUUUUAA